GUGAAGAAAAUACAACCUGUUGUUUUUCUCAUCGAAAGAAGAAGAAAAAGAAGAAGAAAAAAAAGAUGAGUCACGUCGACGUGAAAAAUCUGAAACCGACAACUUUCGAAGAAGAAAACUACGAUGAAUAUGAAUAUUACAACCUGACGGAUAAAUACACAGAAGGUUCGGCCCGUAAAGGCAGAACAAAGAAGGAGGCGAGCGACAACACCAACAGACCCAAUCCCGGCGGACAUGAGCGGAAGAUCGUGGAGAAACUGCACAACAGCGAGAAGAAAGCCAAAGAGUGAAGGACACUGAGGACAACUUGGACGGCUUUUCUCGGACAUUGACAUUGACCGUGGUCUCCUUGGCAACAGAAUGAGACGCAUGGACUGUCUUUUUGCGCUCUGGUGGGCGUGGUUCUACCCGGGCGUGAGGAGGAGCCUGAACUUCCAGGGAUCUUCACACAGCAGAUCCUGCACUGUGGCUCCUCCGCCUGUAGGUGGCGUGUGCACUGGGUCCACAGUGGGAUGAGGACAGUGCACCGUGAUGUGACCGUGGUGUCGGAAGAAUCUGGUAAAUUCUGUGUUUAAAAAAAGUUAUUAAAGUAAAUUUUACUAAUAAAAACAUUGUUUUUUCAAAGUGA